AUGGCGUCCGACAAGAAGAUCAUACUGAUUACCGGUGGCAACACUGGCAUUGGCUUCGAAGCCGUCAAGGCCCUGUACAAGACCGACACCCCUUACGAGAUCGUCAUCGGGUGUCGGACUGUCGCGAAAGGUGAAACCGCCAUCGAAGAGUUGAAGAAGGAGGUUCCUCAAUCCCCCUCCACCCUCAGUACUCUCCAGGUCGAUCUCUCCUCAGACGAGUCCCUCGAGAAGGCGGCCGAGACCAUGACCUCCAAGCACGGCCGCAUCGACACCCUCAUCAACAACGGCGGGGCCGCCUUCGACGCCGAGCUGGAGGCAAAGAGGAUGAGCAUGCGAGAAGCCUACAACAAAUCAUGGGACACCAACGUUACCGGCACGCACAUCCUCACGACCUUGGCCGUGCCGCUACUACUAAAGUCGACCGACCCGCGUCUGCUGUUCCUCACCAGCGGCACAUCAGCGCUGGCCGAGACAGAGCGCCUGGACUUGCCAGCUUUUGUGCGGUUGAAUGGAUCGCCGCCUGCCGGGUGGCCCAAGCAGCCAGUCGGCCCGACUGGCCUGAACGUCACCGCGUACCGCAGCUCCAAGACGGGUCUGAACAUGCUGAUGCGCGAGUGGCACAAGAUCCUCCUCAACGACGGGGUCAAGGUCUGGUGCAUCUCGCCGGGCUUCCUGGCCACCGGCCUGAACGGCGCCAACGCCGAGAACCUGAAGAAGGCCGGUGCUAGAGACCCGUCGCUCGGUGGCAUCUUCAUUAAGGAUGUUGUACAGGGCAAGCGGGAUGACCAUGUGGGCAAGGCCAUUAGGUCGGACUCGAUUCAACCUUGGUAG